AUGACGGACCAAACCCAGCAAAACGACAACCCUGACAAGACCGCCAAUGGUCGCCCAGCCUCUCCAAUUGAGGAGCCUUCCGCCAAAAGACAAAGGGUCGAAGAGCCGACUUCGGCUGAAGCUCCGGCCGAGCAAAACGGCGCCGCCCAGACGGGGGCCACUACGCAGGAAAACGGCGCUCCCAAAAAGCUGGACGACAGAGAUAACAGAGACAAAGGCUACGCUCCCAUAAAGAAAGAAUAUUUGAUUGACGUCUCGGAGCUCCGUGCUCAGGCAGUUGCUCAGGCAGAAGAGGCUAAUCUUGACGAUGACGCUGCAGAGGGCCGCGAAGGCGGCGAUGACAGGGACAACGGCGGCAAACGCAGCAGGAAGAAGAAGGCAAAGGGCCAGAACACGGAGCGCUCGUUCGGCAAGUUUGAUGAUGCAUUGCCUCUCUGCAACAGCCGCGCAUUCUACCCCGAGUUUUCGCCUCGCGACUGUCGCUUUGGCGACCGCUGCCGCAUGUGCCACGAUAUCCGCAAGUAUCUCGCCGAAGGUCGCCGUGGUGAUGUCGAGACCUUUGAGGGCAAAUGCCCUGUGUUUGUCAAGUAUGGUUGGUGCCCGUCUGGCUGGAAGUGCCGCUUCGUGCGCAGCCACAUGGACGAGAUCGAGCGCGAGGACGGCCGCAAGGAGCUGAUUCUUGUGGACACCUCUGGCAAGGAUCAUAAUGCCAAGAAAAAUGGUGAUGCUGAAGGUGUCGAGAGCGAGGACUCGCGGCCCGGUGUUGUCAACGUCGUGCCCAUGUCAGUCAAGAUUGACAUGAACCGCAAGCGUCUCGACUUUAGCGAUGCCGACAAGUACAUCGCCUGGCUCGACAGCGAGUCCAAGACCAACCAGAAGAACCACCACCGCACAAAGGAGGAGCAGGCCAACGGUGCCGCUGACGAGGACAACCGCGCGCAGUAUGUCGACCCGCCGUUCAAGCCGUCCGAGAAGCGUCGCCUGUACUUUGGCCCCGAGACGCCGACGCUCGCGCCGCUCACUACACAGGGCAACAUGCCUUUCCGCCGGCUCUGCGUCGAGAUGGGCUGCCAGCUGACGUACUCGGAGAUGGCGCUCGGUAUGCCGCUGCUGCAGGGCGUCAAGGCCGACUGGACGCUCAUGAAGGCGCACGAGUCGGAGACGCAGUCGCCGGCCUACAGCGGCAAGAUUCCCGUCUACGAUAACGCCAAGGAUCUGCGCUUCGGCGCGCAAAUCUCGGGCAGCGCGCACUGGGUGACGACCAAGGCCGCGAGUGUGCUCGCCCGCUUCUGCCCGCACUUGCGCCUCAUCGACCUCAACUGCGGGUGCCCUAUCGACAUGGUGUACAAGUCGGGCGGCGGCUCGGCGCUGCUCGAGGCCCACGGCAAGCUGGAGCGCAUGAUCCGCGGCAUGAACGCCGUCUCGGGCGAGAUCCCCAUCACCGCCAAGAUCCGCAUGGGCGUGCGCAGCUCCCGCCCCACGGCGCCCGCCGUCAUCGAGCGCCUCGCGUUUGGCUCGCGUGAGCAUCGUGAGCGCCUCGGCGCGCCGGGCUGCGCCGCCAUCACGCUCCACGGCCGCAGCCGCGAGCAGCGCUACACCAAGCUCGCCGACUGGAGCUACAUUGGCGAGUGCGCCGCGGUCAUCCGCGGCUACAACGAGCAGCGCGACACCCUGACCGACACGGCCGCCGAGCCGGACCCCAGCACGCAGGCCAACACCAAGGAUGGCAAGCUCUUCUUCCUCGGCAAUGGCGACUGCUACUCGCACGUCGACUACUUCAAGCACAUCAACGAGGCCCGCGUCGACUCGGUCAUGAUUGGCCGCGGCGCCCUCAUCAAGCCCUGGCUCUUCGAGGAGAUUGAAAAGGGCCAGUACCUUGACAAGUCGGCUUCGGAGCGCCUGACGUACGUCGAAAAGUUCGUUCGCUACGGCCUCGAAGCCUGGGGCUCCGACGAGCUCGGCCUCGGCUUCACCCGCCGCUUCCUGCUCGAGUGGCUGAGCUUUGCGCACCGCUACGUGCCCAUCGGCCUGCUCGAGAGGCUGCCGCCGAGCAUCAACGAGCGGCCGCCCGCGUACCGCGGCCGCAACGACCUGGAGACGCUGAUGGCGUCGCCCAACUACAAGGACUGGAUCAAGAUUUCGGAAAUGUUCUUGGGCCCUUGCCAUCCUGGCUUCCAGUUUAUGCCCAAGCACAAGUCCAACUCUUACGAAGCCGAGGGUUAA